UGGGCAAGGGAUUAUCAUGGGACAGCCAAUCGCCUUCUAGGAAAGUUUGGCACACCUGUCCAGGUGUAUCCGGGGGGGUGGGAAUUCUACAGCCGACAGAAGUAUCUGAUGCUCCAAUGCCAUUAAAAUGACCAGGCACAUGUGGUUCUCUCUGCCGUACGUCUCGAAGCCCUUCAGGAGGACCGAUGGGGUGAACUCCUCUGACAUUUUCUCUGCCUUCUACGGCUUCCCUAACAUCUCGUCCCUCUUCAACGGGGACAUCAACAUCGACGACAUCGGGGACUUCGACAACAACACAAAGUACGAAGCCGAGUCGCAGAGCUCGACGGUGAAAGCAAUGCUGAUCGUCGCCUACUCGGUCAUCAUUGUCAUCUCACUCUUUGGGAAUAUCCUGGUUUGUCACGUCGUCAUAAAGAACAAGAGGAUUCGGUCGGCAACCAGCAUGUUCAUUGUGAACUUGGCAGUGGCAGAUAUAAUGAUCACUCUUCUCAACACCCCCUUUACCCUGGUCCGGUUUGUGAGCAGCACCUGGGUUUUCGGCAAACUCAUGUGCCACGUGAGCCGGUUUGUCCAGUAUAGCUCAGUCCACGUAUCUGUCCUCACCCUAACUGCCAUCGCUCUGGACAGACAUCAGGUUAUUAUGCAUCCUCUGAAACCUCGAAUGUCAACAGUUAAAGGAAUUAUCUGCAUCAUCUUCAUCUGGUUCAUGGCCAGUGGAUUCUCCUUACCUCAUGCCAUCUUCCAGAAGCUGGAGCGAUUUUAUAUCGGAAAUACUGUGCGGAUGGUUUGCCUUCCCAGUUUCCCCUACCCGGCCGACCUCUUCUGGAAGUAUUUGGAUUUGGCUACGUUUGUACUUCUCUAUGUAUUACCCUUGAUUGUCAUCUCCAUCACCUAUACCAUGGUGGCAAAGAAACUGUGGCUGAGAAAUGCCAUCGGGGACAUUACCAUGGAACAAUACUACGCCCACAGGAGGAAGAAAAAGAUGACCCUCAAGAUGCUGAUGCUCGUGGUGGUGGUCUUUGCCGUCUGCUGGUUCCCAUUGAACUGUUACCUUGUUCUGAUGUCCAGUAAACUCAUCAGCAGUAACAAUGCCAUAUAUUUCGCUUUCCACUGGUUCGCCAUGAGCAGCACCUGCUACAACCCGUUUAUCUACUGUUGGCUGAACGAGAGUUUCCGCUCGGAGCUCAAGGCCUUGCUGUGGGUAUGCAGGAGGAAGAGCCCGGCGCAGAGCCACGCACUGCAGUCCGUCUCGCCGCACUUCAGGCACGCGUGGGCUGAAAACUGUAACUGCAAGCAAGGUAACAGCCCUCAGACUGGUGGCUCUGCCACUGUAAAUUCAGGGAGAACUGACAUUUCCAUUGUGGAGCCAAUUGUCACAGUCAGUUAAAGACAAUUUCGAUUUCCAUCAGAUGGCAAUUCAUUGCAGGUUCUGUGUCCGUAAUGUUUGUUUUUUAAUUGUAUUUUUCACACGUUUGCUA